GGUUGUCUCAGGUGCUGACGUUUUUUUUCCUCCUGCUCGGUUGCAGUCAGAGCAGCUCCCUGGUGGGUGCAGGCCGGCCUGCCCCGAAGCUCCAUGCACUGCUGUGGACCCGACCAGAGUCAACCAUGAUUCAUCUGGCAGUGUUUUUCCUUUGCUUCAUCUCCUCAUACUCUGCGUCUGUUAAAGGACACACCACUGGACUCUCCCUGAACAAUGACAGGCUGUAUAAGCUCACAUACUCCACUGAAGUGUUUGUUAACCAGGUUGGAGAAUCACUCCAGGAUGGCGCGGGCUACAAAAUUUCUUCCAAUGUGGAUGUUGUCCUGCUGUGGAGGAAUCCAGAUGGAGAUGAUGACCAGCUGAUUAAAAUCACAAUAAAAGAUGUUAAUGUUGAAAAUGCAAAUCAAAGAGAAGGAGGAAAGAACAUCUUCAAUGGGAAAAAAGUCUCUCAAAUCAUAGGAAGAAACAAUUUGGCAGCUUUGCAGACACCUGUGCUUCUCCAUUUGACUCGAGGAAAGGUUACAGACUACUACUCAUAUCCAAGUGAACCAGUGGGUAUACAAAAUCUCAAGAGAGGACUGGCCAGCCUGUUUCAGAUGCAGCUAACUUCUGGAACCGCCAACGAGGUGGACAUUUCUGGGAAUUGCAAAGUCACUUAUCAGGCCCAUCAAGAUAAAGUGACCAAAAUUAAGGCCCUGGAUACCUGCAAAAUUGAAAGGCCUGGAUUUAUCACCCAGAACAAGGCUUUAGGAGUCAGUUCCAAAGCAGUAUCUAUGACCACUUACAAGAUAGAAGACAGUUUUGUCACAGCGGUCCUGGCAGAAGAGACCUAUGCUUAUGGUCUCAAUUUCCAGAGACUGGCUACGGGCAAGAUAGUAUCUCGGCAGAAACUGGAGCUGAAGACAACAGCAGCCGGCCCAGGACUGAUGGCUGGAAAAAAGGUCGCUGCAGUGGUUAAGGCUGUGGAUUCAAAAUACACGUCCAUGCACCUGGUCGGGCAGGUCUUCCAGAGCAAGUGCAAACGGUGUCCUUCACUUUCUGAGUUCUGGCAGACCACAAGGAAUCAACUUCAGCCUGACAACCUGGCCAAAGCUGACUCCGCCAGAAGCUUCUUAGACCUCAUCCAUCACUUCAGGACAGCUAAGAAAGAAGAGCUUCUUCAGAUUCUUAAAAGUGAAAAAAAAGAAGUCCUGCCUCAACUGGUAGAUGCUGUAACAUCUGCUCAGACCUCGGAUUCUUUGGAAGCCAUCCUGGAGUUUUUGAAUUUCAAAAGUGAAAGUGAUAUUAUUCUCCAGGAGAGGUUUCUUUAUGCCUGUGGUUUUGCCUCCCAUCCCAACGAGAAGCUCUUGAAAGCCUUGCUCAAGACAUUUAAGAACCCCAUUGGAAGCAAUGACAUCAGAGAAACAGUCGUCAUCAUCAUUGGUGCACUUAUCAGGAAGUUGUGCCAGAAUGAAGCCUGCAAAGCCCCGGCAGUGGUUGAAGCCAAGAAGCUGAUCCUGGGAGGCCUUGAAAAAACAGACAAAAAGGAAGACAUUAAGAUGUAUUUGUUAGCUCUGAAGAACGCUCUUCUUCCUGAAGGGAUCCCACUGCUACUGAAGUAUGUGGAGUCAGGAGAUGGACCCAUCAGCCACCUGGCUGCAACAACUCUUCAGAGAUACGACAGCUCUUUCAUCACCAAAGAGGUGAAGACCGUCCUGAACAGGAUUUACCACCAGAACCGAAAGAUCCAUGAAAAGACAGUGCGCACCACUGCAGCCGCCAUCAUCCUGAAUAAUAACCCGUCUUACAUAGAAGUCAAAAACCUCCUGCUUUCUAUUGGCGAGCUCUCCCAAGAAAUGAACAAAUACAUGCUCUCUGUGGUCCAGGACAUUCUACGCUUUCAGAUGCCUGCAAGCAAAAUGGUCCGUCGAGUCCUAAAGGAAAUGGUUGUUCACAAUUAUGACCGUUUCUCCAAGAGUGGCUCCUCCUCCUCCUACACCGGCUAUGUGGAACGUGAUUCUCAUUCAGCAUCCACUUACAGCCUCGAUAUUCUCUACUCGGGCUCUGGUAUUUUAAGGAGAAGUAACUUGAACAUCCUUCAGUACUUGGAGGAUACUCAUCUCCAUGCUAGCCAGGUGGUUAUUGAAGCUCAAGGAUUAGAAGCCUUAAUUGCAGCCACUCCUGAUGAGGGUGAGGAGAACCUUGAUUCCUUUGCCGGCAUGUCUCCCAUCCUGUUUGAUGUCCAGCUCAGACCUGUUACCUUUUUCAACGGAUACAGUGACCUGAUGGCCAAAAUGUUGUCAGCAUCGGGGGACCCUAUCAGUGUUGUGAAAGGGCUUAUCCUUCUGACGGAUUAUUCACAGGAGAUCCAGUUGCAGUCCGGGCUGAAAGCCAAUGUGGAGUUCCAGGGAGGUCUGGCUAUUGAUAUUUCAGGUUCAAUGGAGUUCAGCCUGUGGUAUCGUGAGUCUAAAACUCGAGUGAAAAAUCGCGUGGCUCUAGUAGUGACUGGAGACAUCACAGUGGACUCCUCCUUUGCGAAUGUGGGCCAAGAAGUCAGUUUCGAAACUGAAGCAGGCCUGGAGUUCAUAUCCACAGUGCAGUUUUCACAGUAUCCCUUCUUGGUCUGCAUGCAAAUGGACAGACAAGACGCACCCUUCAGGCGGUACGUGACUAAGUAUGAAAGACUUUCGACGGGCAAGGGCUAUGUCUCCCAAAAAGGAAAAGAAAAGCUGUCCCCAGGAUCCGAACUCCCUCUUCAUCAAGAGAACUCUGACAUGUGCAAGUUGGUCUUUGCCCCUCAGGCUGAGAGCUCUUCAGAUGGCUGGUUUUGAACCCGAUGCCUGAUCGGUUUCACUUGAAUCUGUGUGUCCCUGUGGGAGACACGGGGUAGCAUGGCCCAGUACCUGCUCACAGAGAGCACAGUGUUUACAUGUUUAUGUGUAUUUAAGAUUUUUGUAAAAAGCUAUGGGAGAAAAAAAUAACUGAGUUAGUCAAUUCUGGUGGCCCCUCAGUGUUGUUUUGGGUCAAACAACCACCAAAAGGAUGAGGCUUUCCACAUCGCUUCUGGUUUUCCAGAAAUUUUCCUUGUACUCAUUUGCUCUUGGCCUUCUGUAAGAAGAGCUCUGCUAACAAGCAGAUGUGCUAUUUGUAAAUGCACUUACAAGGAGUCAAUUUUUCAAGCAAUUUUCAAUUAAGAUAUCGCAAAGCAUUUUCUUAACAACAUGUUAAAUUCACAACUCUUUUUUUUGCCAACUAAAUCGUCUAAUGAAGAAGAAAACAGGUUGCUGUUUUUUAUGAGACUUUUUAUGGCCUGUCUCACUAAGUAAUAUUUAUCUGUUUGGUUCUUAAGUUUAUUUUUUAUUUUAAGCAUUAUGGGUAAUAGGCGUGCAGAGCUAAAUGAUGAAAUCUUGUAUCUCUGCAGACCGUGGGUGAUUUUUUUCUCAGAAGAGCCCUUUGAUGGUCAUCCUUCACCCCCUCCAUAAAACAGUGGGACUUAGCAUAUAGGUACUAGAAAAUCCCUUUACACUGUCCUCUUCAAAGGAAAUCCUUUUAAGUUUGUCCUUUUGAUUUCAUUGCUUCACUUGGUUUGGUCUACAAUAUCCCUUGCAACUGUCUGCUCCUCUCCACUCACAUAGCCACCACACUGGUUUGGACCCUCAUCAGCCCUCACCUGGAUUGUACCAACAGUCCCCUAAUUGGACUCCCACUUCUAGUCUUUCCCUUCUCCAACAUCAACUAUCCCAAUAAUCUUACUAAGGCCCAGGUCUGCCCAUGAUCAUAAAAUUCUACUCCUCCCUCAGGUCUUCAGUGGCUCUCUAGGAUAAAAUGAAAAUCAUUCAGCUUGACACAUAAUGCCCUUUGCAGCCUAGCUCUGACCUGACCUUCCAAACAUCCCACAUUACUCUACUUCAUGUGCUAGUUUCUAGCCAAAAUGGCUUGUUAUUUUCUCAGCUUGGCAUCCCCUCUUCCUGUCCUAUGCCUUUGCAUAGCUCACCACCCCACCCCCAGCCCCAUGCCUGGAUUGCACUCCCUCCUAGCCUUUGCCUCAUCUUGCUAAGGAUUCUUAGUCUCCUUCCAGGCUUAUCUCAUGUGCCUUCUCCUAUGGAAUAAAAUUCCUCAUUCCCCUACCUGUUAGGGCCAGCUCCUUCUUCAGGCUUGCUUAUCUUUACUUCUGUGUUUCCCAGUAGAAUGGAAGCUCUUUGAAAGCAGGGCCCAGUAUUCAUUUCUGUCUUUAGCUCCCCAAUGUCCCAGCACAGUGCCUUACAUGUACUAAGUGUUUAUUAAGUGUUUGUUGAAUUUCAAUGAAUUGACAGCAGUUUGCUGUCACAAGGUGCAGACUUACAGAAGUGGUCAGAGAAUUCGCUUUAAUAUGCAGGCAUGAACUACAGACCUAAGAAACUGAGGAAUCUGGAUUUCUGGACAAUGAGACCAUAAAAUGAAUUAUCUGUCUCUACAAGAAUAAAAAGGAAACAUUCA